GCCGUGGAGAGCGUCGCCAGGUCGGCGCGGCGUCUCGCGCCUGUUGAACCCAGCCUCCUCCGUGGUGCCCGCGGCCGCGGCCAGCCCUCGCCACCAUGUACGGGCUGCUCCUGGAGAACAUGUCGGACUACAUCAUCACCAAGUACGGCGCCGAGCGCUGGGAGGAGAUCCGGCGUCUGGCGUGCGUGGAGCAGCCCUCCUUCUCGGUGCACCAGGUCUACCCGGAGAACCUCAUCCCCAGGCUGUCCAACCGAGCCAUCGAGGUCCUGGGCGUGACGGAGCGGGAGUUCUUCGAGGGCAUGGGCGUGCACUUCGUGGGCUUCGUCAGCCAGUACGGCUACGACCGCGUGCUGUCCGUGCUGGGCCGCCACAUGCGCGACUUCCUCAACGGCCUGGACAACCUCCACGAGUACCUCAAGUUCUCGUACCCGCGCAUGCGCGCGCCCAGCUUCAUUUGCGAGAAUGAGACGCGGCAGGGCCUCACGCUGCACUACCGCUCCAAGCGGCGCGGCUUCGUGUACUACACCAUGGGCCAGAUCAAGGAGGUGGCGCGGCACUUCUACCGCAAGGAGAUGGGCAUCGAGGUGGUGCGCGAGGAGCUGCUGGUGGACACGGUGCACGUCACGUUCCAGCUCACGUUCGACAACCGCGCCUUCGGCCUCGCCUCGCUCACCAUGACGCGCGAGGAGAAGCACCUGCCCGUCAGCGCCUCCGUGCUCUUCGAGAUCUUCCCGUUCUGCAUCGUCUUCAGCUCCGACAUGGUGGUGCGCAGCAUCGGCAACUCCCUGAUGGUGAUCCUGCCCGACCUGGUGGGCAACAAGAUCACCAAUUGGUUCGACCUGGUGCGGCCGCUCGUGGCCUUCCAGUUCCAGAAGAUCCUCAACAGGACCAACAACAUCUUCGAGCUGGUGACGGUGGAGCCGGUGAUGACGGGCAGGCCCUUCGACCGGAAGCGCUCCGUGCUGCUCAGCGACGAGUCGUCCAUGGACGGCUCCGAGGAGAAGAACCUGCGCCUAAAGGGCCAGAUGAUCUACAUGGACGACUGGAGGAUGAUGAUGUACUUGGGCACGCCCGUGAUGCCGGACCUCAGUUCGCUCGUCAGCACCGGGCUCUACAUCAACGACCUGCCGAUGCAUGACUUCAGCCGGGACCUGAUGCUGGCGGGCACCCAGCAGUCCGUGGAGCUGAAGCUGGCCCUGGACCAGGAGCAGCACAAGAGCAAGAAGCUGGAGGAGUCGAUGCGGCGCCUCGACAUGGAGAUGCGUCGCACGGACGAGCUGCUCUACCAGAUGAUCCCCAAGGCCGUGGCCGACCGGCUGCGGAACGGCGAGAACCCCAUCGACACGUGCCAGAUGUUCAACAGCGUGUCCAUCCUGUUCGCGGACGUGGUCACCUUCACCGAGAUCUGCUCGCGGCUCAGCCCCAUGGAGGUGGUCUCCAUGCUCAACGGCAUGUACUCCAUCUUCGACAACCUGACGGAGCGUAACAAGGUCUACAAGGUGGAGACGAUCGGCGACGCGUACAUGGUGGUGUCCGGGGCGCCGGAGCGCGAGGACAACCACGCCGAGAAGGUGUGCGACAUGGCGCUCGACAUGCUGGACGCCAUCAAGGGGCUCAAGGACCCUUCCACCGGGUCGCACCUGUGCAUCCGCGUGGGGGUGCACUCGGGCGCCGUCGUGGCGGGCAUCGUGGGGCUCAAGAUGCCGCGCUACUGCCUGUUCGGCGACUCGGUCAACACGGCCUCGCGCAUGGAGUCCACCAGCGAGGCCAUGCGCGUGCACGUGUCGCAGCCCACCCGCGACCUGCUGCCGGCGUGCUACCAGCUGGUGGAGCGCGGCGAGGUGCAGGUCAAGGGCAAAGGCUCCAUGAAGACGUACUGGUUGGAGGGGCGCGAGCACGACGCGCGCGCCGUGCAGGAGCCGCACACGGACGAGGAGGAGGACGUGCGCGAGGAGCCGCCGCAGCCCGAGGACGCCGUCAAGGAGGCCGAGAUGGAGGACGACCGCAGCGUCUACAGCCCUGUCACCUUCCAGGAGAUCGCCAAGCGGUCGCUGGCCUCCUCGCCCAAGCGGGCUGCAGCCGGCCGCUCCAACUCCACCGGCUCGGUCCAGCAGCUGCCGUCCAGCCCCGCAGAGUUCGUCUCGGCGCGCGUGCUGGACCCCCAGAGCCUGGACUUCGGGCCGCCGCUGCCUGGGGGCAUCCGGCGGAGGGCGACCCUUACGGCAUGA